CAUUCCUGGGACAUCCUGGCUCCUGCCUCUGCUGAGCCCGGCUAGGAAGAGCCCGGUUCUCAUCCGGGAUGCUCAUCUUUCCAAGCUCCCAUGAUUAGGCUAGACUAGCAUUUCCCUUCUAAAUUGAGAGGCCCUAGCGGACCAUAGGAAGAUGGAGCCCUUCUCUGUCAGUGUGAUUCUGAUCUUGGUCUUUCCCAGAGCAUUUGAAUUGGGAUCCGUUGCCGGACUGGCCCGCAGUGAACUUGCACAGCACACAGGCCUGGCCAUUGGAAGUGGCAGCAGUGGGUCCCGGGAGGAGCCGGCUGUCCGUCUUCGCCCUGCUCAGCGAGUGCCCUUUCUGAGGAUCCAGGACAGUAAAUCGCUCAACAAAACCUGCUGUCUGAAUGGCGGCACGUGCGUGCUGGGCUCCUUCUGCGCCUGCCCUGCCUCCUUCUACGGACGCAACUGUGAGCACGAGGUGCGCAAAAAGCACUGUGGGUCCACUCCCCAUGGCGACUGGUUGCCCAGGACGUGUUCCAUGUGCAGGUGCUGGCACGGCCAGUUCCACUGCUUUUCACAGACGUUUCUACCUGGCUGCGGUGGGCAUGUGAUGGGUGAGCAGCUCACGGCUUCUGGGACUCCAGAGUUCACGGCUUCUGCACCUGUGCACACCGUUCUCAUGCUGGCUGGCACCUGCCUUGCUGUACAACGCCACUUCUAGCCGUGUGUAGACACACCAUUUAUCAUGCAGCCCUGUAAUGACUGUCACGUGUUAAUCGCCUGGAAGAAGUGAGUGUCCUUCCACAGUGAUUCCUGACAGCUCGCUGAUGCCAACUGAUUCCUCUGGUUGUCUCUGUCCAUGAAAAGCUAUUUUUAAAAUACCUUUUUAAAAUCCAGCCAUCAGAAGCCGGGCAGUGGCGCAAAGCACAAGGACCGGCGUAAGGAUCCUG